AUGACUUUUGAGACAGGCAAGCAUGGCAGUGGUCUCCAUCGGUGGGAAGUAUCUCCUUCAGACCUCCGUGAAUUCUUGAAGCUAGCAAAUGCAUGCCAAAUCAUAUAUGGGCCGAUCAUCUUCAUCACCAAAUUAUCCAUACUCCUUUUAUUUCUCCGCGUAUUCGCACUGUCUGUCAGAAGCGUCACUUACUUCUUGAUUCAAUUGCUCAUCUGGCUUAACUUCCUCUUCUACCUGGCCGACACGAUCCUCAAGAUCUUUGAAUGUACACCACGAUCCAAGAUCUGGGAUGAGCAUAUCCCAGGGCACUGCAUCAAUAUCAACGUUCCCAUCCUGGCUGCGUCGAUCUUCAACGUAGUGUCCGAUUUCCUAAUUCUCUUACUGCCGAUUGUCUGUGUAUGGCGUCUGCAAAUGACCUUCAAGAAGAAAAUAUGUACAUCUGCUGUCUUCGUUGCGGGUAUCUUCGGCUGCAUAUCAAGCGUCAUGCGCCUUGUAGUCAGCAUCCCAAAUAGCACGGCCACCGACAACACAUUUGUCUGGUUUCCAGAACUCUUGUGGACUGCCGCCGAAAUAACUUCAGGGAUCAUAGCAAGCUGUUUGCCGGCAUUACCUACUUUCUUGCGACAUUUCUUGAAGAAAACAAAAUACUUCUUCUCGGAGCCUGUCACGACUGGUUCCGGCUCUAGUAUUAUGGCUUCAAAGAAAACGGUAGAGGCACGGCGGUUUCCAGCUCAACCCCAACCGAAUGUUAGCCUUACAGAUUUACUUCCGGGGAGUAACUUGGAGAUGCUAAGCCGUGGCAACCGCAGCGGGAAGACAUAUGAAACCACUUGCUAUACCACGGUCGAAGCCAGCCCGGGAGAAAAGGGCCGAGAGGACCAUUCCAAGGCUGGAGAAAACCCCAAUCAGGGAAUAUUGAAGACCGUUGAGGUGGAUGUGGAAUCAGGGCCAGAGCAGACCGAACAGAAACAAUAG